AUGUCUCCCAAAAUUGAUUUUAUUAGCGAUAUAUCGAGUAAUAAGAUGAUGUGGACCUUAAAGGUUCGCGUAGUGCGAUUCUGGAAGGUUGCUGAUAUUGAAAAUGCCGACAACAUAUUGUCGCUAGAGAUGCUAUUGCAGGAUGAGAGGGGGGGUCGUAUUCAGGCAUCUUUAGGAAAAUCUGUUACGAACAGGUUCCAAAUAGAGAUAAAGGAACUAGGACUAUAUUAUAUGAAGAAUUUCGUGGUUCGCCUGAAUAAACUAAAAUAUAAGACCAACAAUCACCAAUUUAAGCUAAUGUUCACCCAUAGAACGAGUGUGGAGGAAACAGUUGAUGCACACUUUGGUAUGGAAGUCUUCAAAUUUCGACCAUUUGAGCACUUGAUAAAUCAAGUGAACGUUGAGGAUACUGAACUAUUUAGUAAUUAUUCUUCUUGCAUUUUGAUUAAUUUGAACGUUUUACCAACUUUAUCACAGACUGCUUUUUACGUUGUGAUAGAUGUCAUAGGAGAGAUUGUUAGUUACAGACCUAUACAAGAACACAAGCAAGGUGAUAAGUCCAGCGCUUUUAUGAAUGUUGAACUCCAGGAUCAUGAAUAUACGGUUGCAGGUAGAUAUUCUGUACGUAAUUCUUGGCAUGCUUCGAAACUCUGCAUUAAUCCAGAUUUGCCUCAAGUUUGCAGAAUUCAGUUCCAGAUUGGAAAAUGUGCGUGGGGAGGAUUUCUCAAAUAUCCUCUUAACGUAAUUAUUCUGCUGCGGAAGAGUUGGCUUCUGGAAAGGCUCAAGUUAAAACAAUCGGAAACUUGGUUGAGUGUCUUCAGAAUUACUGGUAACGAUGGAAGAAAGGAGAAGAAGAAUUCGCCAUUAAUGAAAGCUGAGGUUCAGACAAGAAAGGACAAAGUGCAAUAA